AAACAGCUCACGGGCAACGAGGAUUAUUUAUCACCUAGCGGCUGCCUGCCAGCCAGCCGCCUUUCGAAACCGAGCACGAGGGAGCAGACGCGGUCUCUGGAACCUUGGUUUGAGCGAGCGAGUUGGGGAUUUCUGUGACGAGGAGGAGGAGGAGGGGGAUGGCAAUGGUGGCGGCGGCGGCGGAGGGGAGCGGGCGGAGGGACGCCGAGGCGGAGCUCAACCUGCCGCCGGGGUUCCGGUUCCACCCAACCGACGAGGAGCUCGUGGUGUACUACCUCUGCAGGAAGGUGGCGCGGCAGCAGCUGCCCGUGCCCAUCAUCGCCGAGGUCGACCUUUACAAGUUCGAUCCGUGGGAUCUGCCCGAGAAGGCGCUGUUCGGCCGCAAGGAGUGGUACUUCUUCACGCCGCGGGACCGCAAGUACCCAAACGGCUCGCGCCCCAACCGCGCCGCCGGGAGGGGGUACUGGAAGGCGACGGGGGCGGACAAGCCGAUCGCGCCCAAGGGCAGCGGCAGGGCGGCGGGGAUCAAGAAGGCGCUCGUGUUCUACUCCGGCAAGGCGCCCAGGGGCAUCAAGACGGACUGGAUCAUGCACGAGUACCGCCUCGCCGACGCGGACCGCGCACCGGGCAAGAAGGGCUCGCAGAAGUUGGAUGAGUGGGUGCUGUGCCGGCUGUACAACAAGAAGAACAACUGGGAGAAGGUGAAGGUGGAGCCGGAGCCGGAGGCGGCGGCGCACCAUAACCGGCAGAGCGCGGCGGAGGAUUCCAUGUCAGACAGCUUCCAGACGCACGACUCGGACAUCGACAACGCCUCCGGCAUGCAGCAGCAGCAGCAGCAGCAGCAGAGCUUCUUCGGUGACAUGGUGCAGGGGCAGGCCAUGAACAUGAGGAACAACGGCAUUGGCACCGUGACGGUGAAGGAGGACAACGACUGGUUCACCGACCUGAAUCUGGACGACCUGCAGGCGUCCUACAACAUGGCCCAUAUGGUGAAUCCGAACCCGGUGGUCCAGACGGUGAACCUGGUGGCUGGGCAAGGCCAUGGCUACUUGCAGUCCAUGAGCUCGCCGUCGAUGAAGAUGUGGCAGACAAUCCUGCCACCGUUCUGAGAGAGUUGUUGAGAUGGAAGGGGAAGAGAUGCUCUUGUAAAUAAGGGGGCAUAGGAGUGGUUAGACUGGACUAGAAACAGCAAGUUUGAAAUUUGGAGGGUAUGAAUUCUGCAACUGUUGCUGUAGGCUUGUAACGUUUAGUAUUCAUUUGUUAGAUUGUUACAUGUGUUUGGUAAUAUACCAAAAAAAAAUCUGGAUCUCCCUUUGCGCUACUUGGUACAAAAUUACAGUUCU